CACAUUCCCACCCACCUCUUGAGGAUACGUAUAUUAAGAUACCUCAGAAAUUCUCUGUUAGUUCUCUAUUAGAAUCAUGCUGGUCCACGCUGUUCUACUGUUUGGCGCUCUCUUUGUAACCUUUCAGGUUCUCCAGUUCCUCCAACGACUCUAUCAGCAGCGCAAGCGAGCUCAGUCCCUUGGAUGCCAGCCUGCCGCCGAAGGAUCGCCGGGCAUCUUUGGAGUCCGGUCAUUCUUACGGCUAGCCCAUGCAGUCAAGCAAAAGCGAUGGGUUGAAUACAUUGCGGAGCAGUAUGGGCGAUAUGGCGACACGUAUAGCCAAAAGGCUCUGGGUAAAAGAAUGAUAACCACACGAGAACCAGAGAAUAUCAAGGCCCUGUUGGCAACUCAAUUCAAAGAUUUCUCCCUGGGAACCAGACACCGUGAAUUCUAUCCUUUACUUGGGGACGGGAUCUUUACACUCGAUGGCGCUGGCUGGUCUCAUGCACGUGGACUGCUACGGCCUCAAUUCGCACGGGAUCAGGUGGCUGACCUAGACCUCAUGGACGGCCAUAUCUCUCGCUUUAUCGAUCUGAUCCCCAAGGAUGGCUCGAGUUUCGACAUCCAGCGACUCUUCUUCCUUUUAACGAUCGACUCUGCUACUCAUUUUCUGUUUGGAGAAUCGGUAGGCGCCUUGGAAUCAUCUGGCACAGGUCUCUUGGGACAAUCAUCAGUGGGAAGUGCGCAGGGUUUCGCAGAGGCAUUCGGCACCUCGCAAGAAUACCUGAGUGCUCGCUCACGAGCUAUGGGUUUCUACUGGAUGGUCAAUCCCAACGAGUUUAAGGAAUCUAACAAGCGCGUUCAUGAGGUCGUUGACCAUUACGUUCGGCUUGCCAUCGAGUCUAAGAAAAACCCAGACAAGAAGUCUGAUAGGUAUAUCUUCGCGGAGGCUUUAGCUGCAGACAACGAUGAUCCCAAGGUGCUGAGAGACAACAUGCUCAACAUCCUCGUAGCUGGUCGUGACACCACCGCCAGUUUGCUGAGUUCAGUGUUUUUCUUUGUGUCACGUCAGCCCCAGAUUUGGAAGAGGCUGCGACAGGCCAUUAUCGAUGAGUUCGGGGACAGCCAGAACCCGAAGGGAGAAAUUACACAAACAAGGUUGAAGGACGUUCCUUACUUACGAUAUGUGCUGAAUGAGACCCUCCGGUUAUUGCCCCCCGUACCCUUGAACUUCCGUGUCGCUGUGAAGGACACCUCAUUACCGGUUGGAGGUGGCCCAGAUGGGAGAUCUCCAAUUUUCGUUUCUAAGGGACAGAUCGUUUCAUACAGCGUCUAUGCUAUGCACCGGCGCCCAGACCUAUAUGGACCCGAUCCCCAUUCCUUCCGUCCAGAGCGCUGGGAGGAGAAUGGUAAACGUGGUUGGGACUAUCUUCCGUUCAACGGAGGCCCUCGGAUCUGCCUUGGUCAGCAAUAUGCACUCACAGAAGCAAGCUUUACACUUGUCAAGUUGAUCCAACGAUUUGAUACCCUGGAGUGCGCCGAUCCAGAGCUGAAACAGCCCGUAAUCCUAUCGGCUCUUACCUUGUCGCAUGAUCGGGGUGUGAAAGUCAGGCUGUCUUCUUCGGCGGAAAAGAACUAAUAAUAUAGAUGGAUUAGUUCUGUAUAACGAGUGAAUGCUUUGAACUUUGUAAUGAUUAUGAUUGUUUAUACACGAUAGCAGAACAUGGCUCUUCUAGGCCAUACCCCAUAGCGGAAGGUUUCAGGGAAAUAAUAAUAAUAACAAGAAUGCUAAGAUAUCUUUUACCAAACCGAUACCCACAAGGAACAAAACUCAAGUAAAGUAUAGGCAGA